AUGAUUAUGCUGCCAGAAGUGCUCGACAUCGAAUGUCGCGAACGUGGCCUCAAAGUCUUGAUUGAGGGGAUCAACACCCAGACCAUUUGGAUGCACUUCACAGAAGAGAACAUCAACUGGUUCAAGAACGAGCUGGAUGCAGAGGAAGCGAAGCCUCGGGUGGCACGACGAUCCAGCAGCAAGAAGCGAGCCCGGGGUCACAGGAGCGACGAGGAGGCCGAGGACGGCGAGGUUGAUGGGGAACAGAAGGACGAAGACUGUUGA